GAUCUUCCCGUCACUUGCCGGAAAGGCGACUGGGCACAUGGGGUCUCUGGUAGUGCCACACGAGGUGGAGAGUAACGUGGUGCCUGCUCUGACGUCGUACGCUGUGAGCAGCUAUAGCCGACCCUAUGAUCAAGCCCAGAGACUAACCGAUGAGACCAUCGUGUCUAAUCGACAGUUGACGGUAGGCAACGGAGAAGGGAACUCCACCGACACACACAUAACCCAACAGCUACAACAACAACAACAACAACGCACCCUCUCGAGCAAGAAUAAGGGCAAAGACAAGGACCCUAACCCCACCAUCUACCGGAUGCUCUCCGUGACACCGUCUCAUACACACCGCAAGACACACCGAAAGUAUACACCCACCCGCAUAGACAAACGCAUAGACACACGCACACUCGCACGCUCAAGUUCGGGGAGCCCAACGCGUUUGACCCACGCACCCCUUUCGGCCGAUACGCAACUCAAGACAUACCAAAGCUGUGGCCCGGUUGUUACGAGUUCUACACCGGCCACCACAGUAGAGGCACCCGCGGAGAUAGCAGUGGAUACGACCAUAGUGCCGACUGUAGGUACACUGGAGAGCUUUGACCAGGCUGUCAGUAUGAGUGGGGGUGGUGUAUCACCCACUCAGGAAUAUGUGAGUAUAUCUGUACAGGCACAGAGACACACACCACAGACGCACACACAGGCGCAGGGGCGCGGGCCUUCCCAAACAUUGUUGCACGCUAACAUGCAGAUAUCAACGCAGCUACAGUCACACACACCUAUGGCAGCUCAGGGACAUACGAGUUUGUUACAGAGGGCUUUAUCACCUCUGCGGCCGAAAAGAUUAGGGCCUACGGCGGGACUGACACCUGUCAACAACACCAGUGACAUCAGCACGAGAUCUAGCGUAGACUCGGGGAGGACUGUGAAGAGUGAAGACAUACAGGAUGUGCCUAUACUUUCACCCAAGUAUGUAGGUGUGGGCAUAUGCGUGUACACAGUAUGUUAA